AGCUGUCCAGGUGUUGAGUCUCAUGAUGUCUCUCAACGAGUCAGACAUGAAGAGCAGCUCGUCUCCUGCAGUCAGGAAGAAACUGCAGCCGGCAGAUAAAACAGCCCUGUCCUCGUUGGGCGGCGUCUCCGGUCCGGCCGUCAGUAUCCAGACUGAACUGGCUCUGGAGCAGCUGAAGCAGAAUCACAACCAGGAGCUGCAGCAGCUUCACAUCCAGCUCGACACACAGGUGAACUACUACGAGCGGCGCCUGGAGGUGAUGAGGCAGAGCAUGGAGGUGGAGCGGAAAGACAUCUCUCAGGCCUUCAAGCUGGAGAUCAGUGAGGUGGAGGAGCAGAAGGCUCAGGUGGAGCAGCAGGUGAAGCAGCUGAAGGAGACGGUGGACAAACUGCACGCUCAGAUCCAACAUGGAGGAGGAGGAGGAGGAGGAGGAGGAGGAGGGUGGAGCCACGAGCAGGAGCGCAGGAUGCAGCGGGAGCGGGCGGAGCUGGAGCAGAACUUCGCCAAAGAGAUCGGGAACCUGGUCCAGAGACUGAGCGCUGAGAAGGAGCAGCUGGAGGCAGAGCUGAAGCUGAAGAUGGACCAGGAGGUGAUGCUGGUCAGGGACGAGGCGGAGCAGCAGCUGUCUCACAUGAAGCUGCAGUAUGGCGAGGGCCAGCGACGCCUCCUCCACCAGCUCCAUCGGGAGCGCCAGCGGCUGCAGGAGCAGAGAGGAUGCUGGGAGAAGAGGCUGGCGCAGGUGGAGCAGGAGAAGCUGCGGAGUGAGGAGAGAGCCACUGAGGAGAGGAGGAAGGUGGAGGAGCAGCAGGAGGAGGUGUCCAGAUUACAGGAGGUGGUACAGAGCUUCCACUUACAGAUCAGCCAAUCAGAGGCCAGCAUGGAGGAGCUGAGGAGGCGCUGCGGGCAGUUGGAGGAAGAUCUUAAAGCGUGUAGUGGGCGGUGCUCUGAGCUGGAGGCGCGGUUGGAGGAGGCGUGUUCUCAGCUGGAGGCGAGCGUCUCCGUCCUGGAAUCUCAGGAGGUUUUAAACAAGCAUCUGAGCUCAGAGCGGCGCUGUGUGGAGGCGGAGCUGCAGGAGGUGAAGCACAGGGAGGAGCAGCUCCUCCUCCAGCUGGAGAACCUGCGGGCUGCGUCUGACAGCAUCCUGCAGGACCGGGAGGUGGUGGCCGACAACUGCAGCCGCCUCUCCAACGCCUUCAUCCAGCAGCAGGCACAGCUGCGAGCACGGGAGGAGACGGUGGACGGCCUCAGGGCAGAGCUGGAGGCGCUGCAGGAGGUCACCAGGAGCACGGCCGCGGAGCUGGACUCCCUGAAGACGGACCGUUCCAGGCUGAUCCAGGACCUGAAGGAGCAGGCCAUGGCUGUGGACACCCUGCAGCUGGAGCUGGAUGGAGUCUUUGAGGAGGUGGAGAGGAGGCGGAGCUCUGAGGAGGCUCUGCAGGAGGCGCUGAAGGAGGAGCAGAGCAGGAGCUCACAGCUGUGCUCCGGCCUGGACGAGGAGAAGGAAGAGGUGCGACGUCUGAGCCAGGAGAACGCCAGCUACGCCCGUCUGGCCGACCAGCUCUCCACCCAGAUCGUAGAGAUGGAGGAGGAGAUCUCCACCCUCAGAGACCACCUGAAGGAGCUCAGCUCCCAGCUCAACGACACCGCCGAUCUCGUCCUCGUCCUCAGGACGCAGCUCAACGCCAAGACCAGCGAGACCGACCACCUCCGGGUCCAGGGGCCCGACGGAGUUAAGAUCCUACUGAGACAGACAGAGACCAACCAGCUGGACCUGAGGGACCAGCUGAGGACGGAGGACCUGAGGGGACAGCAGGUCCUUCAGCUGCAGAGGGACCUGCAGGACUCCCAGGACCAGCUGCGGCGGGCGGAGGAAGACUUUGAGCAGGAGAAGAUGAAGAUGAAGCAGCAGCUGAUGGAGCUGGAGAUGUUGGUCCUGGCUCUGGAGGACACGAUGGACCUGUCCCGUCUUCACAGGACUCAGCUGCAGGAAGUGCGAUCAGAGAAUGCAGCUUUGCAGGAGCGACUCAGCGUCCUGCAGCAGGAAGUCCACGGCCUGGAGGACGACAUCGCCAACAAGAGGAGGAAGCUGGAGGACCUAGAGCAGGAACACGAGCGGAGCAGAGAGGAAGAGGAGUGUCUCCACAGAGAGAACUCCAGGUAUCGUGAGGAGGUCCUGGAUCUGAGCAGCAGGAACCUGCAGCUCAGCAACGACAACGCCGAGCUCAGCGCCCGUCUCCGUGGAGACCAGGAGUCGGUGCGGAUGCUGAGGGAGCGUCUGGCGACAGUUUCCAAGGAGCAGGAGGAGGAGGGAGCUCUGGUGCGGCGGCUGCAGGAUGCGGCGCUGCAGCAGGAUAGAGAGAAGCUGCAGCAGCAGGCGGCGUGGACGCAGGAGAGACAGCUGCUGGAGACAGAGCUCAGCUCCUACAGGGACAAGGUGGAGAAGCUGCAGCAGGCGGCGCUCUCUGUGGAGGCGGAGUCAGAACUACUGCGCUCUCAGCUUCAAGCCGUCACUCAGGAGAAACUGAACCACACCCAGGAAGUGACGGACCUGCAGAGGAAGCUACAGGACGCUCUCAACAAGGUGGAGCAGUUGGAGAGCAGCGUCAGGAAGCUGAUGAGGGAGAAGGAGGAGCUCCAUCAGGCUGUGGAGGAGCAGGAGGAGCAGGAGGAGGCCCGCAGACUCCGGGUCCACAACCAGGAGCUCCAGCAGCAGGUGUCGGAGCUGACGGUCCGCAGUCUGGAGGUCCAGAACCUGAAGAGCCGACUGAAGGAGGCGGAGACAGAGAGGAUGCACGCUCAGGACCAGGCAGUGCGGGCCGACACGGUGCUCAGUCUGGUUCAGGCGCAGCACGUCAGGCAGCUGCAGGAGGCGCAGCAGCGGGUGGGGGAUGGGCGCAAAGAGGAGGUGGAGCUGCUGCAGGGCCGCCUGCAGGAGGAGCAGAGGAGGAGUCAACAGCUGGAGGAGACGCUGAGGCUUCAGGCCCAACAGAGCUGCUCCCAGAUCAGCUGCAAGCAGGAGCAGUACGAGAAGGCGGUGUCGGCGCUGCAGCAGAGGAUGGAGGAGCUGGAGACGAAGCUGAAGGGACUCCGGAUGGUUCUACAGGACAAAGUCCAGCAGCUCAAAGAACAGAUGGCGAAGAACACCAAGUCCAGCGCGCUGCUGAAGGAUCUGUACGUGGAGAACUCUCAGCUGAUGACGGCGCUGCAGGUCACCGAGCAGCGGCAGAAACACGCAGAGAAGAAGAACUCCCUGUUGGAGGAGAAGGUCAACGCUCUGAACAAACUGCUGAGAGAGAUUGUCCCCGCUGCGCUCGCCACGUAGAGCCACGCCCACCUCAGAGACCUGCAGCAGCUGAUCUCACAUCAGUUUGACUGAGGAGGGCAUUAGCUUAGCUUAGCUUAGCACAAAGACUGGAAACAGAUGGGAACUGUUAACAUACAGACACAGGAAUCACACCUGGACAGGAAACACACCUGGACAGGAAACACACCUGGACAGGAAACACACUUGGACAGGAAUCACACCUGGACAGGAAUCACACCUGCACAGGAAACACACCUGCACAGGAAACACACUUGGACAGGAAUCACACCUGAACAGGAAUCACACCUGGUUAGGAAACACACCUGCAUAGGAAACACACUUGGACAGGAAACACACCUGGACAGGAAACACACCUGGACAGGAAACACACUUGGACAGGAAUCACACCUGGACAGGAAACACACUUGGACAGGAAUCACACCUGGACAGGAAACACACCUGGACAGGAAACACACCUGGACAGGAAACACACCUGGACAGGAAUCACACCUGGACAGGAAACACACCUGGACAGGAAACACACUUGGACAGGAAUCACACCUGGACAGGAAACACACCUGGACAGGGAACACACCUGGACAGGAAAUACACCUGCACAGGGAACACACCUGCACAGAGAACACACCUGGACAGGGAACACACCUGGUCAGGAAACACACCUGGACAGGAAACACACUUGGACAGGAAUCACACCUGGACAGGAAUCACACCUGGACAGGAAACACACCUGGACAGGAAUCACACCUGGACAGGAAACACACCUGGACAGGGAACACACCUGGACAGGAAAUACACCUGCACAGGGAACACACCUGCACAGGGAACACACCUGGACAGGGAACACACCUGGUCAGGAAACACACCUGUCUGACGACACCUGUUUUUGUUACAGGUGAGACAAUGACAUGUUUACGUUCGGCCACGUCUGCAGAGUGAACACAUUAAAGUUCCUUACCUGCCCAUUAGAUCCGACUCAUCUGAGCGUGCUCCACAGAACGUGUUGAAUCAGACAACAUGACAUCAUCAGACCUUUAAUGACGUGACUUUAACAACAUGUGGCUCACUGUGACAGAUAUUACUGUCAUCACUUGACCCUCUGGGGCCUCCGUAGUUUCCUUUCUGCCGGCAGGUGUCAGUGGGAGGUGAUGAUGUCACCUGUACAGAGACAGAAGGAGGUGAUGAUGUCACCUAAGACAUGGACGUGCAGUUUGACUCUCAGGUGAAGGAGGCGUGUGUUCAUGGUUGGUGUGGGCGUGGCCUGUUAUUUAAACGUGUCAUCAGCACACACACACACACACACACACACACACACACAGUAUUUCAGCCAUGAUGGUGUUGUUACUUUGUUUCUAUAUUUGUAUUAUUUUUAUUGUCACAGUAAGACGUGAUUUUGUAAAGGUGGACUGUUGAUGAUGAUGAUGAUGAUGAUGAUGAUUGUGAUGAUGAUGAUGAUGAUGAUGAUGUGUUUAUAGUUUUCCCGUCAGAGUGAGACCUCUCACUCCUCCUCUCAGCUCUGACUUCCUGUCAGUUCAGGUACCAAACACACCUGUCUGUGACAUCAUCACACAGCACACUGUAACCUGACACCACAUUAAAUUAUCUGUUUAUAUCUC